UUUUCUUUUACAAAAAAAAAAAAAUUUUGUUUUUUUCUUGAUUCUAUCUACCGCCUUUUCUACAAAAUGGCCAUAUGGUUUACCAUUCAUUCAUUUGGUCUUCGUCUUUGUUGUCUUUUUGAUGAUCAUUGAUCAAUGAUCGACGCAUGUUCCAAGGCCGGUUUUUCUCCAUUCAUUCAUUCAUUCAUUCAUUUAUUCGGGAAUGGCUUCGUGUGUUCGAUGUUGAUUAUUGGUUUGUGUUUAAAAAACGAACGAAGACACCGUAUACAAAAGACCAAAGUAUACUCAUUAUCCAUUGAUGGUGGUGGUGGUGGUGGUGGCUGGUGGUGGCUGGUGGGUGAAUAGGAGCUAGAAAUAAAUUUUUCUAUAGGAAUGUUUGUGUGUGUAGUGUGUUUGUGUGUAUGUGUGUGUUGAUCAUCAUUUAUUUAUAUAUAUAAAAAGCGGCCGAAUAAAGAUAGAGACCCCAAAAAGAAGAUGAGUGUUGGUGUUAUAUAUUUAUUUAUUUUAUUUUUCAAUACAUUUUCUUCAAGUUCAUGACUGACGCGUAUCGAUCAUCAUCAUAAUAAUAUUCUUGAUGAUGGAUAAAAAUAUAUCUAUCUAUCUCUGUGUGUGUGUGUGUUUGUAUAUAUUUGAAUGUAUGAAAAAAAUGUAAACAUUUUGUGUAUGUGUGUGUGUGUGUGAAUGAAGAAUCUAAGAAUUUAUCGCCAUAGAUUCUGUCUAUUUUGAUUUUUUUGUUGUGUUUGUGUGUGUGUGUGUGUGUUUAUAAAAUUAUUCAAUCAACUAAUUGAUUGGAUGGACAGCAACAACAACAAAUGACUUUGUUUAUUUGUUGAAUCUGGGUGUGUGUUUGUUUUUCGGUAUUUGUUUAUGAUUAAAUCGAUCGAGCCCGAAUUUAUUAUGUUGAGAGAAAACAAAAAAUGGCCAAUAAUCAUCAUCAUAUGGAAUCAUCAUCAAUGAUGAUGGUAAAUAAUGUUGAAAAUACAUUAUCAAAACAACAAUCAAUUACAUCGACAUCAACGGCAACUACAUCGAAAAUGAAACGAUCAAUAACGGAUAAAUCGAUUGAUCAACCUGUAAAUAUUGUGAUUAAUUUUUUGGAUGAAUCAAAAACUGUUUUUCAAAUUCAUCAAAAAGCAUUGGCUAAAGAUUUAUUCUAUCAAGUAUGUGAAUCAUUGAAUCUUAUUGAAUUGGAUUAUUUUGGCCUAGAAUAUUAUGACAAGAAUAUGAUACAAUAUUGGCUGGAUUUAGAACGACCUAUUCAUCGUCAAUUGUCACUUUCAAUGGAUAAUUUAAAUAUGAAUUUUGCUGUAAAAUUCUAUACAACUGAACCAUCAAAAUUGGAAGAUGAAUUGACCAGAUAUUUAUUUGCAUUACAAAUAAAAAAAGAUUUAGCUUCAGGUGAUUUAAUCUGCAAUGAUAACACGGCUGCAUUAUUAUCGGCAUAUGCAAUUCAAGCAGAAUGUGGUGAUUUCAAUCCCAAUGAUUAUAAUGAUCAUCAUCAUUAUAUUUCACAAUUUAAAUUGAUAUCAAAUCAAGAUGAUGAUUUUGAAUUUAAAGUGAUGGAAAAUCAUAAAAAAUUAAUUGAUCUAUCACCUGCUGAAGCUGAUCUACAAUUAUUAGAGAUUGCUAAAGAAUUGGAAAUGUAUGGUGUUAAACUUUCAUCGGUUAAAGAUCAUGAAGGUGUACCAUUGAAUCUGGCCGUUGUACAUCAUGGUAUAUUGAUAUUUCAAAAUUAUACCAAAGUCAAUACAUUUGAUUGGAUUAAAAUACGUAAAUUAAGUUUUAAACGUAAAAGAUUUUUCAUUAAAUUACAUCAGGAAGAAUUUUUCGGUGAUGUUCUGGAAUUUGUAUUUCAACAUCGUAAUGAAUGUAAAAAUUUUUGGAAAAAAUGUAUUGAACAACAUUCGUUUUUUAAAUGUAUUGAAAUUAAACAAAAAACGAGGAAAAAAAUACGAAUCUUUAGCCGUGGUUCAUCAUUCAGAUAUACUGGACGUACACAACAACAGAUAUCUGAAUUUAUUAAAACAAAUAAUUCUAUUAACCAACAGCAACAACGAUCAUUUCAACGAUCGAAUAGUAUGAAAUUCAAUUCAUUACAAAAAGAUCCGCAUCAUCAUCAUCAUGAUAUUGGCUACAAUGUCGAUAAUAAUAAAAUGGUCAAUCAAAAUUCCGAUAAUUCAUCAAUAAUAAAUACCUGUAAUAAUAAUAAUAAUCACAAUAGCAACCAUAAUGUUAAUAAUCAUACAUCAUCAUCAUCAACAACAACAAUGACAACGAAUGCAAUAAAAAUGGUCAAUUAUCAUAAAAGUUGUGAUACAAUUGAUCAACAAUCAGUAUUUCAAAAUCAUGAUGAACCACCAUUAUUAUUAUCAUCACAAUCAUUCAUUGAUACAUUUCAUCAAACAUUGAAUCUAUCAAGUGUUAAUCUAAAUUCUACAUUAGAAUUUCGUGGAUUCAAACGACGUAUGAAUCAAGAUUAUUAUGUAUUUCGUGAUUUAGUCAUGUCUGAACGGACAUAUUUAAAAGAUUUGGAAUCAAUGCGUGAUUGGUUUAAAAAUGAUGUAUCAAAAGAACCAUCACGUUCAGCCGAAAUGUUAUCAUUAUUGGUUAAUGUAUCCGAGCCAUUGAUUGAUUUUCAUGAAAAAUUUCUACAUGACAUUGAAUAUAUACUGUUUAUAUGGGACAAGAAUGGAUUCGAUUCUUUACCACCAUUAAGUACGGUUUUGAAUGAAAUUCUUAAAUGGAUGUCGCAUUAUGAACAAAUAAUCGAACGUUUACCAUUCAUAUUGGAACGUAUUAAUUCAAAUUUUUGUUCAAAUAAAGAAUUUGAAUCAAUUUGUCGUGAAUUUGAAACGAAAAAAGGAUGCUAUUUACCAUAUACAUCAUUUCUAUUGAAACCAGCAUUUCAUCCAAGUUUUUAUGCUAAAAUCAUUCAAAAACUUAUCGAUUGUUAUUGUGCUAACCAUUGUGAUUAUUUAAAUUUAAAACGCCUUGUUGAACAGCUGAAUAAUUUUAAUCAUGAAUAUGCCAAUACAUUGGAUUCAUUGAUAAAUUUAGUCAUAUUAAUCGAAUUACAACGAGAUAUUGCCGGUUUUGUAAAUAUUGUUCAAUCUGGAAGGAGAUUUAUACGUGAAGGAUGUCUGCUAAAAUUAUCGAAAAAAGGAUUUCAACAAAGAUUAUUUUUCUUGUUCUCAGAUCUAUUGAUCUACGCUAGUCGUUCAACAUAUAUUAAUUUUCAAUUCAAAAUUCAUGGCUAUUUUUCACUAUAUAAUGUUUUCGUUGAAGAAACUGAAUCAAAAUUUGGACAAAAUUAUUGUUUUACAAUUUAUGUUGGAAAUAAGAUUCUUAUUCUUGCUGCCGGAUUGGAAUCAGAUCGUCAAUCAUGGAUACGAGCAAUCAAAGAAUCGGCAAUCGUAUUAUCAACACAGCCAUCAUCAUCGAUUUUACCAUCAAAUGAUUUAUUGGAUAAAAUUGAUUCGGCACUUAGUGAACAUUUGAAAAAUUUAAAUGAUCAUCAUAUUUCACAUACAACAAUUUCAACGAUGAAUAAUAAUGGUAAAAAUGGUGAUCAUUAUGGUGUUGGUGAUAAUAAUAAUGGUAAUAAUACACAAUCACGUACAAAUACAAUCAUUCAUGUUUGUUGGCAACGUAAUUGUACGAUAACCAGUGCUGAUUAUCGUUAUGCAUUAACGGUUUCAUUCAGUGGAUAUUUAUUAAGAAAAUUUAAAAACAGUAGCGGUUGGCAAAAACUUUGGGUAGAAUUUACACAUUUUUGUCUAUUUUUCUAUAAAUCAGCCGAGGACAAUUAUCCAUUGGCUAGUUUACCGGUGAUCGGUUAUACGGUAUCGAUACCAUCCGAUGCUGAUAAUAUGAGCAAAAAUUAUGUUUUUAAAUUACAAUUUAAAAAACAUGUUUAUUUUUUUCGUGCUGAAAGUGAAUAUGCAUUCAACAAAUGGAUGGAAGUGAUAAAAAAAUCAACCAGUACAUCAAUAGCAGCCAUUAUGCCAACGACGACGACGACCAUUGCCACUCCAAUCAUCGAUAAUUCUUCUUCUGUUGUCCAAUUGAAUUAAUUCAAUUUGAUUCUUUCAUUAUCGAUCAUAAUUUCAAAAUCAAAAUCAAAUUUUCUGUGUAA